UGCUUUCUCCUAUCUGUUGUGGUCGCUGGGACUGAGACAUCACGACGCACGGUGCUGUCAAACGAAGUUAAUGGAGGUCUGACGCAAUGUUAAAAAGCUUAUACAAAUAUACAUACGCUUACUCAUACUGUGCCCCAUCUAGACCCUUCUUCUCAUUUCAUCUCUGAGGUCCAAGCAAGUCGUUAGUUCUGAUAUUCACAUUAAUGUUUGAGAUCAUUCCCAGGGCUGCCCAACGCCUUUCAGUCGAUUCUCAACGGUACAAGUACAUGGAGCUUGCUAUCUCCGUUAUUAGGUGCCCAAGGGUUUAACAAUCCAUGAUAUUUGCUUACAAUUUGUAGAGGUGUGAAAUUUCUUCACAUAUGAUCGUUUAUGCCAUCAGCUUAGCUUCUGUAUUGAAUUUUUUUUACUACCAAUGAGGUGUUGUGGUUGGUUUAAGAGGAAGCCUGAUGGCUCUCAUGGUACUCACGAAAGGCUAUCAACAGAUCCCCCUGUUGAAGCUACAGAAAACACAUCAACAGAUGCUCUUGUUGAAACAGUAGAAAACCCAUCAAAAUAUCCACCUGAUCGAGCACUAGAUCUUACUGUUGACACUACAAAAAGGCCAUUCUCAUCCACAACAUCAAUCGAACCUUUUCCUUCCAAAAAGCCACCACUGACGCCGAAAGAGGUUAUGGACAGCUUACAAAAAGUGGACAUUGCAAGACUUGAUGAUUUCAUCAAUGUCAUUAAACAACUUCUGGAAAGAGCGACCCCUCAAAAGGAUACACAGGACAUUGCAAGCUCAAGUUCUCCAAAUAAAGAUAAGUUGCCAGUAUGGACUUCUCCUAUUGUACAGAGCGGAAAGAAGUUUCUAUCAUUUGUCAAUGAUCAUGCAGAGAAAAUAGAUAACAAGGAUGAAUUUUUUAACUCAGGAGAAGCAGCAAAAAUUGCAGGAAAUAUACUUCAGCAAAUUGGCCAGAUCCAUUGGGCGGUUGCAGCGCUUUCUAUCACAGGCUAUCUGAUAUCAAAAUGUCAAAAGGUGUCUCAGAACCAUACUGAAUAUAUAGAGCUCUUGAAAAAAAUGCUUGAGCUUGCAUCUCAUAUUAAGGACUUGAACGUUCUUAUUCCUGAAGAAAAUGAGAAAUUGGCAAAUGCUCUCCAAUACAUUGUUGAGGGAUCGAUGUUUUGUGCCUCCCAAUUAAAUUCGGGAAAAUUUUGCAGCUUCUUAAAAUCAUCAAUAAACUCUGACACUUUGAGUGGAAUUCGCUCCAAAAUAAGCGAUCUUUAUCAAGAUUUGAACUUCACUGUUAAUAAAGAAAUGUUAAAAGGGCAGCCGGUUAUUCUUCCUCUCUCGCAAGCAGAGUAUCCAAAGGACGCAGUUGGAAUCGAAGAUCAAUUAGAGGCAGUAAAUAAAUUGCUGAACAUGGAAACAACUGAAGAUUGCUCAUCUAUUGUUGUUCUUAUUUGGGGGCUUCGGUGGCAUUGGAAAGACAACUCUGGCUCAGGCUGUUGUCUCCAAAAUAGAUAG